GGUUGGGGGUUACAGAAGGAGAGAGAGAAAGAGAGAGAGGUGCGCAGAGAGGAGGGGAGACCUGUUACUGCCGUGCCAACUGCGCGCUUUCACUGCGCAAAAGCGCACAGAAUGUUGUCUGCUCGAAUGAAGAUGUGGCUCUCCUGAGUCUUUUUCCCUUUUCGAAGCGUUUUCCUGUUUACAGAACAAAAUGCUUACGUUUUACUAUUUUAGCCGUACUUUAGUGGAUAAAAAACCAAUCUGCGUCCUCUUUUGACAUAAAAUGUUCCAGCGUCCCCAUGCGCCUUUGCCAUAAAUUUACAGUUUUUAGCGCUUUUUAAAUGUUUUGAAGCUAGAAGUGCGAGGAUGUGGACGCUUCCGAGGACCCGGUUCGCCCACUGUAACAGCUCGUCGAGCAGCGAUGAGAAGGAAAUCGCUGUGAACAUCGGCGGCGUGCGGCUGGUGCUGUGCGGAGACAUUCUGAACCGCUAUCCGGACAGCAGGCUCGCCGAACUCGUCAACUGCCCAACUCGUAGUUUUGAUGUCAUUUCCUCACUCUGUGAUGAUUAUGACCCCGGGAAACGAGAAUUCUACUUCGACAGAGACCCCGAUUCAUUUAAAUGUAUCGUUGAAGUGUACUACUUUGGGGAGAUCCACAUGAAGCGCGGUAUUUGUCCUAUUUGUUUCAUCAAGGAGAUGGAGUUUUGGAAAAUUGACUUGAGCUACUUGGAUGAAUGUUGCAAGAGUAACUUAACCGAGAAAGAGGAAGAGCUGGCUGAGAUUGCGGACAAGGUGAAACUGAUCCUGGAUGAUCUGGACUGUGAUCCUGCCGUAAGCCGCACGGAGAGGUGGCAGAAGUUCGUCUGGAAGCUCAUGGAGAAACCAGAGUCCUCGCUCCCUGCACGCGUAAUCGCCGUCGUGUCCUUCCUGUUCAUCUUAAUCUCAUCUGUGGUCAUGUGUCUCGGGACUCUACCGGACCUCCAGGUGGAAGAUUCCGAAGGGAACCGCGUUGAGCACCCGACCCUGGACGCUAUCGAGACGGCGUGCAUCGGCUGGUUCACGGUGGAAUACGUGCUGCGCCUCGCAUCCUCCCCUAACAAGUUGCGCUUUGCGCUCUCCUUUAUGAACAUGAUAGACUUCUUGGCUGUCCUGCCAUUUUACGUGGUGCUGGUUCUCACGUGCCUUGGCACGGCCAUGAUGGAGCUGGUCAACGUGCAGCAGGCGGUGCAGGCGCUCCGCAUCAUGCGCAUUGCGCGGAUCUUUAAGCUGGCGCGCCAUUCUUCUGGACUCCAGACGCUCACGUACGCGCUCAAGCGGAGCUUCAAGGAGCUGGGGCUGCUUCUCAUGUACAUGGGGGUGGGCAUCUUCGUGUUCUCCGCGCUCGGGUACACCAUGGAGCAGAGCCACCCGGAGACAUUAUUCAGAAGCAUCCCCCAGUCCUUCUGGUGGGCCAUCAUCACCAUGACCACAGUCGGAUAUGGGGACAUCUACCCAAAAACCACGCUGGGCCGGUGCAACGCGGCAAUUAGCUUUCUGUGCGGGGUGAUCGCCAUAGCUCUGCCCAUCCACCCCAUCAUUAAUAACUUCGUCAUUUAUUACAACAAGCAGAAGGUGCUCGAAACCGCCGCCAAGCACGAGCUCGAGCUCAUGGAGCUGCGCGCGCUCGAGCUCACAGUCAGAAGCGCCUCGCGCAGGUCUGACGCGCCCGGGAGAGCGUGGGAAGGUGCCAUGCGCGCGUCGCGUAGCGAUACUUUCAUCCCGCUUUUGUCGGGAGCGCACAGAACUGAAAGAGAAGCUCUAAAGAAGAGAAGCCUGACUUAGAAGAAAAGUCAAAGAAAGUCAAAAAGCACCUUAAGUUUCACCAGAGCGUGUGUUGUUAUGGUGCUUGUGCGCUAUAAACUAUUGUGCUCUAAUGUGACCGUCAAGCUGCUUGUGUUGUUCAUACUGGACAUCAAAAAUAAGUUCAUCUUUAAAAGUGUUAUUUUGUCUUAAUUAAAUAAAGUGCAUGUCAAACUUACUGCGUAUGCCUUUCAGAUAUUUAUUGCACAAAUAUUAGAAACAGUUUUGAUAUAUUUAACAUCAUAUUCAUAUUUAACAAGCACAAACGAAGAGCAACAGGUGUGAAAUCAGUAUGAGCAGCGUCCUGCUGAGGUGCCCAUAGAAGUUGUCAGGCUGUGUGUAAAAUUAUAAUGGAUUUACCAAAAUGUGAGGUAAGAAAGUGCUUCACCUUUUUUAUUUCAUUCGUGAUCAUGUUUAUAACCAGCCCGAAGUCUUGAUUUGGGAGGUUUUCUUGUUUAAUUUCACGUAGA